AUGCAAACCGGAAAAGAAGAUCAUUCAUAUACGAGGCGAGGCCUGCCUCAAAGUCAUGGCUCAGUAGCUUAGGCGUGCCGGAAAGCGGAGAUCUUUUCAGCGAAUCAACCGAGAAAGGAGGUUGAGGAAGGAGGAGGAGACCGAAGCGCGUGCGUUGUGCCACCCACCCCCACUAACCGCCCCUCUUCCCGCGCGCGCGCGACUGCUUCGUCGUCGACUCCUACCCCGACGUGCGUUCCACUCCGGACUGAAUUUUCCCCGCGACAAUUCGCACUUUGCGCCGCUCCCCCCUCAGCUCAGAUCCGCAAACAAACCAUUCGCCUCUGCUUUCGAUUCCUCGUACCAGCACAAUGGGGGCGCGCCCGUGGAGGCUGCUGUGCUGCUGCUGCUGCCGCGGCGAGUCCGACCGCAAUGGAGUGGCGGACGACCUCAGGCUCAAGCCCGACGCCGCCGAUGGUGGGGAGGGGGAAACGGCGGCGGGGGACUGGUGCCACGACCUGCCGCCGUUCCAGGAGUUCUCCUUCCAGCAGCUGCGGCUCGCCACAGCGGGCUUCGCCGCCGAGAACAUCGUCUCCGAGCACGGCGACAAGGCGCCCAACGUCGUCUACAAGGGCAAGCUCGAUGCCCAGCGCAAGAUCGCUGUCAAGCGUUUCAACCGCGCCGCCUGGCCCGACCCGCGCCAGUUCUUGGAAGAAGCCAAGUCUGUUGGCCAGCUCCGGAGCAAAAGAUUUGCAAAUUUGCUUGGUUGCUGCUGUGAAGGUGACGAAAGAUUGCUUGUUUCCGAGUACAUGCCCAAUAACACAUUGGCAAAGCAUCUGUUCCAUUGGGAGUCAAAGGCAAUGGUUGGGCCAAUGAGAUUACGGGUUGUUCUGUAUCUUGCUGAGGCUUUAGACUACUGCAUCAGCAAGGGAAGGGCUCUCUAUCAUGAUCUUAAUGCCUAUAGAGUUUUGUUUGAUGAUGACUGCAACCCUAGGCUUUCAUGUUUUGGCCUAAUGAAGAACAGUCGGGAUGGCAAAAGCUACAGCACCAAUUUGGCAUUUACCCCUCCUGAAUAUAUGAGGACUGGAAGAAUAACUCCGGAAAGUGUCAUAUACAGCUUUGGUACAUUGUUGUCGGACGUUCUUAGUGGAAAGCAUAUUCCUCCUAGCCAUGCCCUUGAUCUGAUUCGUGAUCGGAACUUCAGUAUGCUCAUAGACUCCUGUUUAGCGGGCCAAAUUUCAAACGAGGAAGGAACAGAACUGCUGCGUUUAGCUUCAAGGUGCCUGCAUUAUGAACCACGAGAGCGGCCUAAUGCAAGAUCUUUGGUUCUUGCACUGGCUUCACUUCAGAAGGAUGUCGAGACUCCAUCUUAUGAUCUGAUGGAUAAACCCCGGGGUGGUGCAUUUACUCUUCAAUCAAUUCAUCUUUCUCCUCUUGCUGAAGCUUGCUCCAGAAAGGAUCUUACUGCAAUACAUGAAAUUCUAGAAAAAACUGGCUAUAAAGACGACGAGGGGACAGCAAAUGAGCUCUCGUUUCAGAUGUGGACUAAUCAAAUGCAAGUUACAAUGGACUCAAAGAAGAAGGGCGAUAAUGCAUUUCGACAAAAGGAUUUUACUGUGGCCAUUGAUUGCUACUCGCAGUUCAUUGAUGUUGGUACCAUGAGUUCGCCAACAGUUUAUGCCAGGCGUUGCCUGUCACAUCUCAUGAAUGACAUGCCACAACAAGCUCUGAAUGAUGCAAUGCAAGCCCUGGUGAUAUUUCCUACAUGGCCGACUGCAUUUUAUCUUCAGGCUGCGGCCCUAUUUUCUUUAGGAAAAGAAAACGAAGCUCGAGAAGCACUCAAGGAUGGUUCAGCAGUGGAGACAAGGAGUAAGGACCGUUAAAGAUGCUAGAGAUGUGAGUCUGCCGUUGCACAUAACUUCUUGGUUAGGUACCCUCCUUCCUCCACCCUUCUAGGUUAAAUAUGUGAAUCUUUCAUAAACCGUGCCGUAUCUAACUGGCAUUUUGUAGUUUGAUAUGUUUGGCCCAGGCUUCAGAAAACUGUAUCUUACGCAUUACUGUUCAGGUGCUCUUUAUUUGAACAGGAUUUGUUUGAGACAGCAGCAGGUGUUAAUUCGACGUAGGAGCAGGGUGACCUUCAGUCAGCCUUGCGUUCGAUACUUGUAUAAUUUGUGGUGUAUAUAUUGGAAACCUUACAUAGAUAGAUUAGACUUCAGAGCAGAGGCCCAGAAAGAGGUGUUACAGAAGAUAAUUUACAGCGGUGAAUAAUUUUAAUCCUACAUGGAGCUAACAAAGUGAAAAAAGGAGGAGAGCUUGUUGAUCCAGUUCACUCUCUCUGCCACAUAAACAGAGAGAGAAGAGAAGCAAGAGCUGUUGCAAUGCAUCUGGUCUUCCAAUCAUCAUCAGAUCAUGUUAGUGUUGGUGAUAUAUUCAUUGUAGGGUCUGUUGUUUGGUCUUUUUGCUCUUGUCUUGUUGUUUCUCAGCUCAGAUCAACUGGCCCAAUGAGUCAUGUACUACUACUACUUGUACUAACUAGAGUGUAACUGAGUGAUGAUUGCUGAGUUUCUUCUUCUAUAAUGAUCCAAUUUGUGCA